AUGGAGUCAGUGAACGUGGUUAUCGAUGACAACCCAGAAGAAUCAGUAGACUCAACAGUGAUAGAGUCUUCUCUAAGUGAUCCAGAUGCAAGUAAUAACAACAGUCAACUCAAACCACAAGAUUCAUCAGAUGAAGAUAAAGAAAGUUCAGAACAGGAGAUAGAUCUCAUGAAUGAUGUUGCCAGAAACAAAGCUCGGUUAGUUGCUCAAGGUCAUACUCAGAUUGAAGGGAUUGACUAUGACGAGACAUUUGCUCCUGUAGCUAGACUCGAGUCAAUCAGAAUCUUGCUGGCUGUUGCAUGCAUUUUGGGAUUUACAUUAUAUCAGAUGGAUGUCAAGACAGCAUUUCUGAAUAGAAUUGACUGA